GUCAAUGUCGAUGUCAAUUGCUGAUGACAACUUUGUCGACCAUUUUUUCUUUUUCCUCUGUUUUCAUUCUCAUUUGUGUGAUGUUUGGAGAGAUGAUAAAUUCCUGACAAAUUCUCAAGAAAUAAUCAUUCUCCUCACUAUAAUCUUCCUCAAAACGAUCCAGUUCUAACUAUGGAGCUAUCCAGCAUCCUGCCAGCGCCCGUACAGCCGAUUUGGGAUCGUGACGAUGAACGCAAGAAAAGAGCGCUUUCCCAACCGUCCACGCUCCUCGUCAGCGCUCACAGCAUCGCACCCCCUUAUGGCCAACGACGCGGAUGGGUGCCUCGUCACGUGACCGACUACGGCGACGGGGGAGCCUUCCCCGAAAUCCACGUCGCCCAGUAUCCCCUGGACCUGGGCAGGAAGACCACCUCCAACUCAAACUCCCUAGCCGUGCAGCUCGGAGCCGACGGCAAAGUCAAGUACGAUGUGAUCGCCAGGCAAGGCCACGCCAAGGACAAAAUAGUCUAUUCCAAGCUGUCUGACUUGCUGCCUGUAGAAGUAGUAGCUGAAAAUGACCCUAGCCUGGAGAAGCCUGACCAAGAGGAAAUCGAUGACAUCACAGAACGUACCAGGCAGGCUCUUAUGAAAAUCACUAAUUCUAAGAUAGCUGCUGCUAUGCCUGUGAGGGCAGCUGAAAAAUUGGGGCCUGCCCAGUUCAUCAGGUACACUCCUUCCCAGCAAGGGGCUGCAUUCAAUUCUGGUGCCAAGCAGAGAGUCAUUCGACUUGUAGAGGCCCAGGUUGACCCUAUGGAACCUCCUAGGUUCAAAAUCAAUAAAAAGAUACCUAGAGGGCCCCCUUCACCACCUGCUCCUGUGUUGCACAGUCCUACAAGGAGGGUGACAGUGAAGGAGCAAAAAGAAUGGAAGAUUCCUCCUUGCAUAUCAAACUGGAAAAAUGCUAAGGGUUACACUGUUCCAUUGGACAAGAGACUGGCUGCAGAUGGCAGAGGUCUGCAGCAGCUCCACAUCAAUGAGAACUUUGCCAAAUUGGCCGAAUCUUUGUACAUUGCUGACAGGAAGGCCAGAGAGGCUGUAGAGACGCGUGCACAGCUAGAGAAGAAGCUGGCUCAGAAAGAGAAGGAGGCCAAAGAGGAGCAUCUGAGACAGCUGGCUCAGAGGGCAAGGGAUGAGAGAGCUGGAAUAAGGACUGCACCAAGAUUCGAAACUUUUGGACCUUGGGGACCUUCAGCCAGAGAAAUGAUUUCAACUAGUGGCCAUUUGAUUUAUGCUCAAAGCAGUGAAGAUAGAUCUACUGAAUAUCUUCGCCAAAGAAUUUCAAUUGAGAUUCAGAGAGGAAAUGCUACUUCCAUUCUCAAUAUUAUUCCAUCUCGCAAAGGACUCGAAGGCACAAUUCAAAGAUUUGGGCCGUGCUUCAUCGGCAAUGCACAGCAAGACUCUCAAGAGUUCCUGCGGUUCCUGCUCUUGGGUUUGCACGAAUAUAUCAAUGAGGUCAUCGAGAAGCCGGAUCCUAAGUUUACAGACAUCGCUGAAAUUGUGAAUGUCAACGAAAAGGCUUCGAAGCCAUGGUCGAGAUUCUUGAAAGUGGAUAAUUCGAAGAUAGUGAAUAAUUUCGUUGGCCACCCGAAACAAGCCGACGACGACGAGCAGGAGCGCGAAGCCCUGCGCCUCGACCGACACAAAGAGCGAGCGCGCGACCGCAACCUGGCCCGAGCCGCCCCCGACAAGCGCAGCAAGCUGCAGCGCGAGCGAGAGCGCGACAUCAGCGAGCAGAUCGCGCUCGGGAUGCCCGCCCGCGGGGUGGCAGCCGGCGGCGAGGGGCAGUUCGACCAGCGGCUGUUCGGGCAGGCGCAGGGCUUGGGGCACGGCUACGGGGACGACGAGGCGUACGACGUGUACGACAAGCCGUGGCGGGAGGGCGGGUCGAUGGCCAAUCACAUUUACAGGCCGGGGAAGAACGUGGACAAGGAGGUGUACGGGGGGGAGGAUCUGGAGAAGGCGAUCAGGACGAACAGAUUCGUUCCCGAUAAAGAAUUCGGGGGAACGGACAGAACUGGGGCAGGCCGAGCCGGACCUGUACAAUUCGAGAAGGAGGAGGAUCCCUUCGGUUUGGAUCAGUUCUUGUCGCAAGCCAAAAGGGCUAGCAAACGCAAGGAGCCAGAGAAAAGGGACGAUAGAGACAAGAGAAAGAGGAGAGAUUGAAUGUCCACGUGGACAAGUGGAAAUGAAAUAUGGAGACCUUCUUGAGGGUUUGACUAGGGUUAACUCAAUCACUGACGUUCAUAGCUUGAUUUUUUUUCUCUAUGUUUGAAGAAAGAAAUGAAUGGUUAGGGCUCUGAUGAGGUCUUGAGAGAUUUGUUUUGGUUCUUUUGCAGACUGUUGCAGAACGGCCCUGGAAAAACCGAAACGACCUUUUUAUUGGAUUCCAUAAUAUCUUUUUUUUAAUGAUUAGGUGAAAAGUAUGAUUGAAUAUUAAUAAAUGGAGUGCCCGAG